AUGGGUUCCACUAAGGAGUUGUUCAAAUUAUACGAUUUAAUUCAAUGUGGUGACGUAAGAUCUGUGGAAAGUUUUUUAACACAGACUCAAGUUGAUCUAAAUGAAAUAUUGCUUUGCAAAGGCAUUGGAGUUCUCCACUUAGCAGUCGGUAUAGACCCUAUACAGAAGUCUAGGGAAUGCACAGAAUUAUUGUUAAAACAUGGGGCUGUUCCCAACUUAUGCAAUGAAGACGGUAUAACUCCAGUCCACAUAGCAGCAAUAUGGGGCCGUCUGGACAAUAUCAAACUUCUUAUUGGUUGCGGAGGAGAUCCAUUAAGAUGUGACUUAGAUGGGUUGACUGCAUUUGAUUACGCUGCUCGAGAACAACAAUGGGAUGUAUUUGAUUACUUCCACAAUGUUGUAGACGAAAAGGACGAUUCAUUUGAAUCUACUUGUGCAUAUUCUUUAGACUUAGAAAGAAUAUUAGUGACUACAGAUCAAAUAGUCGCCGAAUAUGAACCACUACUUGAAAACCAAACAAAUAGUACGAUGAGAAAAUCAGAAAUGGUCAGACAAUGGUGUGAUAAGCACAAUUUCGUUAUGAACAAACUCUAUCCCACAAUUCUUAGUGAUACAUUCACUAUAGAAAACAAUCCAGAUUGGAGAAGCAUAAAUAUUACUAAAAAUAUCACACUUGAUCUCACAGAUGAUGUAAAUAAGACUAUAAAUGAGACGCAUAAUAACUCCUAUAAGACUUGUCAAACAACAGUUACACCUGUAGAAAUAAGUGGUAUACAGAGGUUAGAUAUAACAUCAGAUGAAGAUAAAAAUGAGAAUGUAAAACAACGGUUUAGCAUAUAUGAGAACUUCUCUUUACCUGGUUCACCUAAUAGUAUAGCGCAUAGGAAUUAUAACACAAAGUCUAGCUUGAAAAAGAAAAAUUUGGCUGAUAAUUCGAAAUCUAUGUUCACUGAAGACUGUAGUGAUGACUGUAGUCAAGAUUUAGAUAAAGCUCUUAUAGUGGUUCAGAAUAAGACAAAUGAAUGGUUGUCAUCAAGCAGUAAGAGUGAUUGCAAGACUGAUAUAGGAGUUUAUAAUACCAGGCGAUCAUCGGCAAGCAGUGGCGUUAGUAGUAAUUUAUCCGGAGGCAGUAUUGUCAUAGCCAAUGUAGAAGAGCAAUAUAAAUAUGAAGACAAAGAGGAAAAUGUAGUGCUAAUUGAAAGGAGAUUGCUUGUCUCUUCUGUUGUAUUACCUGUGGAAGACGAGAGUCCUGAUCAUACAAUAGUCUCUGUGGCAUCGUCUUUACCGCCUUCGGUGGAAUAUGAUAAUAACACUCUACGGGCAGAGUUGCUGAAACUCGGUUUCAACGCAGGACCUAUCCAAAAUAGUACCAGAACUUUGUAUUUGAAGAAACUACAGGCGCUUAAAAAGAAUCCUAUUCUGGCUACCAUUAGUAAUAAAGGAAAAACCUACAGCGUAGUACUAGAGAAGUCGCUACGUUCAGAUGAAUGGAUGAAAAACUUAGAUCCAUACAUAGAACUUGAAAAUAAAGCGCGUAAUGACUUCGCUAACCCGAAAAAGAAUUGGCGCGAAGGGAACACGAAGGCAUCUUUUACGUAUUUGCUUCUGGAUCCAAGAUCAACCGCCAAUCUGCCCGCCAGAGCCAGCAAACAAAGUCUUUCAGAAACUUGGAAUACUUUCGUCAAUUCUAUAUUUUAUGUGGGAAAAGGUAAACGGACCCGUCCAUAUUCCCAUCUCUACCAAGCCUUAACUCUAUGGAAACGAGACUUCACUACAUCGCAAGACCAAAAAGUUCAGAAGAUCUUAGACAUAUGGUCAAAUAAUUUUGGCGUAAUUUGCUUACAUGUAUUUCUAAACGUCAUUCCUGCCGAGGCGUACACCUAUGAGGCAUCCAUGAUUGACGUCAUAGGGGUAAAUAAUCUGACCAAUCAAAAGGUAGGCAAUUAUUAUGGCGUAGUGGAGAGUUGGCCGUUAAAAGAACGUAGAAUGCUAGGGUUGUACCUUUUGUUUAAGGCAAUGCAAAUUUUCUUAACAGAAGGCGAAAGGCAAUUAAGUUCUGAUGAUAUAGACUGAAUUUUGUGAUAAACUUGCAAUAAAUUUUAGUUUUAAGGUUGAAUAAAACUUUUUCCUAAAGUUGACAGUUUUGGACGAAUCGUUUUUAUGAGUAUUAAAAAUUUAAAUUUGACAAAGUUGCUGAUCUUUAAGUAAUAUUUUACUUAGUUAAGUCUUUAACUUUGACAAAUUUAAACCAAAACACAUAUUUAAGCAUUUGACUGUAGGA